AUGGCUGGAAUGCGACAAAGGUUAGAAGAAGACGAGGAUACAAGACCAUUUUUGGGAUAUUUUGACAAGUAUGAACGCCAGAAGGAGAAAUGGGCAUACUGCUACAGGGCUGGCUGCGGACUCAACACAAAUAUGUAUGUAGAAGCCUUUUUUAAGAAAUUGAAAUAUUCCUAUAUGAAGGGGAAGAAGCUUCGCAGGGUUGAUGAGUGCCUUCAUAUUUUACUUCGACUUAGCAGGGAUGUGGCAUUUGAGAGACUUAGACGCAAAUUCAAAGGUAAUAAUACAUUUAAACAAUCUGAGAUUCAUCGUGCUCACAGGUUAAGUGAUGAGAUGUCUGGUGAUUGGCUGCAAGAGAAUGUGACUGAAGUGAUUCCUGGAACUACAUGGAGAUUUAAUGACAAUGCCUGCAAUGGAUGUGAGUUAGCUUGUGUACGCUGCCACUAUUGUGUGCAUGAGUUUAAAUGUACAUGCUAUGACAAUCGGAUAAAGACCAAUAUGUGCAAGCACAUCCAUGCGGUAGUGAAAGUUUUCUGUAUUGAAGGAGUGCCAAGAUCUAAUGAAGAAAAUGCAAGGAUUGUGCAAGAUGAAAUUGAAGCAAUUUGUAACACAAAUGAUGAAUGCAAUGUUGGAAAACAGGUUGAAAAGAUUGACAUGCGGAAUCCAAUCGCCAUGAACAUCUCUCACUUACUGGAUUGUUUUUCUAAUACUGACCCUGUCCCUGAUGCUGUAAUACAAGGUGGACUGAAAUUUUUGGAGGUGUUGAGGAGAGAGAUGCCAAGAGAUACAGAAGGAAAUGAAGAAAUAGUGGAAGAAGCAGAAGAUGACUUGGAUAUAGAUGAGCCACAAGAAGCAUCAGGAGCAGUCAUUCCUGUCACACCAAAGACUCCAAGACCCACCAGAGCAGCAAAAACCCCUCUCAGAACUCCUAAAACGCCUCGGCAUAUGAUUACUCCUCAAGUUCAGUCACCUGGCACACCAAAGAGAGUGUCACCUCAAAGAAGGCUAUUUCACUCAGUAAAGAAGAAGCCUUUGAAGAAGAAGCAGAAUUUACAUAAACCAACAUUUCAUCAAGAGGGUGCUUUUAUUGCUAAUUUUAGUAUGGGGGAGGGGCUAGAGUUUGUUACUGUUCAUAAUGAGUUUGAUCACAGCUACACAAGGAAUAAUGUUGAUGAUAAUUACUAA